AUGUAUCUGUAUAAUUUAACUCUUCAACGUGCUACGGGCAUCACUCAUGCAGUCCAUGGCAACUUCUCAGGCAGUAAGAUGCAAGAGAUUUUGGUCUCUCGUGGCAAGUCGUUAGAACUACUAAGACCGGAUCCAAACACAGGGAAAGUACAUACAUUACUAACUGUUGAAGUGUUUGGCAUUGUAAGAUCUUUGAUGGCAUUUAGGCUAACUGGUGGAACGAAAGAUUAUAUUGUUGUUGGUUCUGAUUCUGGACGUAUAGUGAUUCUGGAAUAUAUACCUGCAAAGAACAUCUUUGAAAAGGUACAUCAAGAAACUUUUGGAAAGAGUGGAUGUAGACGUAUUGUACCUGGUCAAUAUUUGGCUAUUGAUCCUAAGGGCAGAGCAGUUAUGAUAGGUGCUAUUGAAAAGCAGAAACUUGUAUACAUCCUUAACAGAGAUGCUGAAGCACGUUUAACAAUUUCUUCACCAUUAGAAGCACACAAAAGCAAUACCUUGGUAUACCAUACCGUUGGUGUAGAUGUUGGUUUUGAAAAUCCUAUGUUUGCAUGUCUAGAGAUUGAUUAUGAGGAAGCAGAUAGCGACCCUACCGGAGAUGCUGCGGUAAAGACACAGCAAACAUUGACACUGUAUGAGCUCGAUCUUGGCUUAAAUCACGUAGUGCGAAAAUACAGCGAACCACUCGAGGAACACGCAAAUUUCCUCGUAUCGGUUCCUGGUGGUAACGAUGGUCCUAGUGGUGUUCUUAUUUGUUCUGAAAACUAUCUUACUUACAAAAAUCUGGGCGACCAACACGACAUUCGCUGUCCUAUACCACGUCGACGAAACGACCUGGACGAUCCAGAGAGAGGCAUGAUAUUUGUUUGUUCGGCCACACACAAAACAAAAAGUAUGUUUUUCUUCCUCGCACAGACUGAACAAGGUGAUAUAUUCAAGAUCACGCUCGAAACUGAUGAUGACAUGGUAACGGAGAUCAAAUUGAAAUAUUUUGACACUGUACCUGUAGCUGCGAGUAUGUGUGUCCUGAAGACAGGAUUUUUAUUUGUCGCUUCAGAAUUUGGAAACCAUUAUUUGUAUCAAAUAGCUCAUCUUGGUGAUGAUGAUGAUGAACCUGAAUUUAGCUCUGCGAUGCCACUAGAAGAAGGCGAUACUUUUUUCUUUGCACCGCGACCACUACGAAAUUUGGUGUUAGUAGACGAAAUGGACAGUCUCUCACCUAUAAUGGCUUGCCAGGUGGCAGAUCUGGCGAACGAAGAUACGCCGCAGUUGUAUAUCGCUUGCGGUAGAGGGCCACGAUCCACUCUACGAGUGUUACGUCAUGGACUUGAGGUUUCCGAGAUGGCCGUGAGCGAAUUGCCCGGUAAUCCAAAUGCUGUAUGGACUGUGAAAAGAAGAGUUGAUGAGGAAUAUGAUGCAUACAUCAUAGUGUCCUUCGUGAAUGCUACGCUUGUACUCAGUAUCGGAGAAACUGUCGAGGAAGUGACGGAUUCUGGUUUUCUCGGUACAACACCAACCUUGAGUUGCUCCGCUUUGGGCGAGGACGCAUUAGUGCAGGUUUAUCCAGACGGUAUACGCCAUAUUCGUGCGGAUAAGCGCGUGAACGAGUGGAAGGCACCCGGCAAAAAGACUAUCGUCAAAUGUGCCGUUAAUCAGCGUCAAGUAGUUAUCGCCUUGACCGGGGGCGAACUGGUUUACUUCGAAAUGGAUCCCACCGGCCAAUUGAACGAGUACACAGAAAGAAAAAAGAUGCCUUCAGAAGUUAUGUGUAUGGCUCUUGGUAACGUGGCCGUGGGUGAACAACGAUCGUGGUUCCUAGCCGUUGGACUGCAGGACAAUACUGUAAGAAUAAUUUCGUUGGACCCGUCAGAUUGUUUAGCACCGAGAAGCAUGCAAGCAUUGCCAGCGGCCGCGGAAAGUUUGUGUAUCGUGGAGAUGGGUGUUAAAGAUGCCGACAAUUCUGAAGAUUCGGCACCUCAACAGUCCAGUUUGUACUUAAACAUAGGCUUACAAAACGGUGUGUUGCUCAGAACCGUGUUGGAUCCCAUUUCCGGUGACCUCGCAGAUACGAGAACACGUUACUUGGGUUCCCGACCGGUGAAACUUUUUAGAAUACGAAUGCAAGGCAAUCAAGCAGUAUUGGCAAUGAGCAGCAGAUCGUGGCUCAGUUAUUAUUAUCAGAAUCGCUUUCAUCUAACCCCACUUUCAUACGAGAGCCUAGAAUUUGCGUCGGGUUUCAGUUCUGAACAGUGCCCGGAAGGUAUCGUCGCUAUAUCGACGAAUACUCUUAGAAUUUUGGCUUUGGAGAAGCUGGGUGCAGUGUUCAAUCAAGUGAGCUUUCCUCUGGAAUACACACCGCGAAAGUUCGCGAUACACGCUGAUUCCGCGCAUCUAGUAGUCAUCGAGACUGAGCACAAUGCCUAUACCGAUGAAACGAAACAACAAAGAAGAUUGCAAAUGGCCGAAGAGAUGCAAGAAGCUGCUGGUGCUGAUGAAGCUGCCGUCGCUAGAGAAUUGGCGGAAGCAUUUCUAUCGGAAGAACCAAACGAAGCUGUUUUCGGUGCCCCGAGAGCGGGUCCCGGUCUCUGGGCAUCUUCAUUAAGAAUAAUGGCACCUACUACAGGUCAAACAUUUGAAGUGCAUCGCUUUGAGCAAAACUUGGCUGCUCUUUGUUUAUGUCUCGUGAAAUUCGCCAAUCAAGGAGAUCAGCUAUUUCUCAUAGUCGGAGUUGCAAAAGACUUUCAAUUGAAUCCUAGGGUCAGCAACGGUGGAUUUCUAUAUACGUACAAAGUAAAUUCGGAAUGUACGAACCUCGAGCUUCUGCACAAAUCUCCGUUGGACGAGGUUCCCUUGGCCAUUUGUCCAUAUCAGGGCCGGGUAUUAGUGGGAGUAGGAAGAAUGUUGCGGCUUUACGAUAUGGGUAAAAAGAAAUUACUGCGAAAAUGCGAAAACAAACACAUUCCGAACGCCGUGGUGUCUAUCAACGCCAUUGGUCAACGGAUUUACGUCAGCGACGUACAGGAGUCCGUGUAUGCCGUGAGAUACAAACGCCAGGAGAAUCAACUUAUCGUUUUUGCGGAUGACACACACCCCAGAUGGAUCACGACGACGUGCGUGUUGGAUUAUGACACCGUCGCCACCGCUGAUAAAUUCGGAAACAUAGCUGUGAUACGAUUAGCUACUGGCAUUAACGAUGACGUGGAUGAAGAUCCCACGGGUAAUAAAGCUCUGUGGGACCGAGGAUUGUUGAAUGGCGCAAGCCAGAAGGCUGACACAGUAGCUUGUUUUCACGUUGGUGAGACAGUGAUGUCAUUGCAAAAGGCGACUCUCAUACCCGGUGGUUCUGAAAGUUUAGUCUAUACGACUCUGAGCGGAACAGUGGGCGUUCUCGUGCCAUUUACUAGUCACGAGGAUCACGACUUCUUUCAGCAUCUCGAGAUGCACAUGAGAUCCGAACAUCCGCCGCUCUGCGGCAGAGAUCAUCUGUCUUUCAGAUCAUACUACUAUCCCGUAAAAAAUGUAAUUGAUGGCGAUCUUUGUGAGCAAUUCAAUUCCAUCGAACCCGCAAAGCAGAAGAGUAUCUCAGGCGAUCUCGAGAGAACUCCCUCUGAGGUGUCGAAGAAGCUGGAAGAUAUACGUACGCGUUAUGCGUUUUAAACUAGCGACGAGUGGUAUUCUUUACUACGUUUCGGCAUUCUUCACCGUUUUAAUGUACAACUCUCACACUGCUAUGUGAAAGAUUCUUUCAGGAAAUUAUUGUUGUGCAGAUUAUUAAUUCGCUCUUUAUGUAUGCUUAAUAUUUAUUCCGAAAUUAUAGUGCCAGAAAUUUUCGGACGAUCUAAUUGUUCAUGUGACACCACGUCUCGUACACGCAAUACGACGAUGCAACUAUGGAUUAAAUAUUGAAUAAAAUAAAAAUUUAAUAUUUUGUACGUA